AUGCCCUACAUGCCCUACAUGCCCUACACGCCCUACAUGCCCUACAUGCCCUGGGGACCCCGUCUCUUGCCCGCUCGGCCUGCAGGUGCCGUUCCCGGGAGCUCGCUGCCCCCCGCCUGCUACAGGUACGGUGUGCACGGGUGUCCCAGGGACUACAAUCCGGUCUGCGGGACGGACGGAGAGACCUACUCCAACGAGUGUGUGCUCUGCCUCUCCAACAGUGAAAAUGGCAAGAAUGUCCAAAUUUUCAGGAGGGGAAUAUGCUGA